AUGCUGACUACACCAAACGACAUUUUGAAUGAUAUAGCUAAACUUGUGAAUGUACGUGGCAUCGACGCAUCUACGUUGACUCUAUGCUAUAAGUUAUUAGACGAAGGGGUUGAUCCUCGUAAGUUGGCAGAAAAGAUCAAAGAUAUACAAAAGGAGAUUUCGUUGUGA